AUGUUGCAGUUUCAGUGCCACCACCAGCUUCACUUCUCAAACAAUCUCCCUUUCCCACUAUCACUAUCUCACCACCAUAACCAUAACCAUAACCAUAAACCUUCUCUUGUCCCUUUUCUUCACAAAAAACCCACUUCCUUUUCAAUUUCCGCCAUUCCUUCUUCAACAUCCUCAGCAUUAACAUGGCUAGCAGACAUCACUACAACAAUCACAACCGACGGUGCAGACGGACCCAUCGAAAUCCCAUCCUCUUCCCCUCCUUCUCUUCUCUCAUCCACCGACGACCCUUCUUUCAUCCAAAUUGCUUCCAGUAUUCUCCUCACCGGCGCCAUCUCCGUCCUCCUCUUCCGCUCCUUCCGCCGCAGAGCCAAACGCCUCAAACAAACGCAAUUCAGGUCUUCAGGAGAGAAAUCAGUGAAGGAAGAAGCAUUGCAGACGUUGAAAGCAAUGGGGUCUGCUUCAAUAGAGACUACUAAGGGUCCACCUUCACCCGUUCAAACAUUUCUCGGGGCAAUAGCAGCCGGGGUUAUUUCUCUCAUCAUGUAUAAGUUUGCCACUAUCAUCGAGGCGGGCCUCACCCGACAAACCAUUUCAGAGGAUUUCUCUGCUCGUCAGAUAACUAUCACCGUAAGGACGAUAAUAAACGGCUUGACCUACCUUGCAACAUUUAUUUUCGGCCUGAAUUCCGUUGGUCUAUUCCUUUAUUCUGGCCAGCUUGCCUUCAAAUCCUUUUCAGGGGAAGCAACUGAAAAGGAAACCGAAAACAAAAGCCCUGAUCAGUCUAGUUUAUCAAAUGUUUCCGUUGAGACUCGCACGAAUGACAUUGAACUGAGCAGCAGGAGUGAAGAACAAAGUUCCAACGAUGCGUAG